UAGUUUCAUUGCCACUGACAGCGCUAGACAUCCAAUCCAGUGAUGAAUGAAUUAGAUGUCUAGCGCUGUCAAUGUCAGGCAGUGAGCUAACGUAGAUAGUUCUAGGGAUAUCCAUUGCAUAUUUUUGCGUCCGAGUCACCUAAUUUUAAACAUGUUACUGUCCCACCAGGCUACCUUCAUAAUGUGAAUUAUUUUAAACAAGAAUAGAAAAAUGUUUGUCUUUAUUACCAUAUUGGUCCGAAUAUAAGAAGGCCCUGAUUAUAAGACAACUCCCUCUUUUUCAAGACUCAAGUUUGAAAAAGACUUUUUGAACACCAAAUUAAUUUUUAUACAGAAAAUAAUUACAGUGCAUCCGAAACAAAUGAUUAUAACAAUAUAUUUGAGAGAAAAAGCAUAUUAUUUUGCGUCAUUCAAAUCUUAAUGGUAAUAUCUGAACAUUGAAAUAUGUAAACUGAAGUGCAAUCACAUUCGUAAAUGAAUGGCUUCUGGUUUUUAAAAUGUAAAUAAACCAACCUAUUGUGAUCAAACAACAAAAUUGCAAUAACUGCAUUAACCAUCAAAGUGAAGUCUAACCGUAACUGUAGUCUUGAAACAAAUGUGAAUAAGGAAAAACAUUGCAAUAAAAUAAUGCAAGCUGGUUAAACUAAAAGUGUAGCUGAGAUCUGUCAUGACAGAACAUCGCUUCAAUGAUAUCUGGCGCCAUCUAGCUUCGUGAAUGGGGAGAGUAGCUGAGAUCUGUCAUGACAGAACAUCGCUUCAAUGAUAUCUGGCGCCAUCUAGCACCGUGAAUGGGUAUAAUGUCUAGAAUAUUAGACUAUUAGACUAUACUAGACUAUUAAUAUUAGACGACCCCCUCUUUUUCAAUGUUAUUUCAAUGCAAAAAACACAGUCUUAUAUUCGGGCCAAUACGGUACAUUUUUCGUUCAAUUUUCACACUACUUUCUGUAGGCGACAAAACUUUUGUCCUGCCAAAAUUUGACCUCUAUGUCUUCAUUAAAUGAUAAAUGUUUUUUCAGUGAAACAAAGAUAUUUUUGUAGAUUCAACAUAAUUUGGGAGGGUCUUAGCUUUCAUAUGAGCCAUUUCUGAAACCAAUUGAAUAAUUAAAAGUCAGGUUAUUAGCAAUUGUUUCUACAAAAUGGAUAAGCGUCAAGACUUUUGUCAGGGACUGCAGUUAUUUUGUAGAUAUCUUACAAUGAUUUCCUCACCCAUGUAUCAAUAAAUAGUGUGUUGCCUUAUCGUGAUAUUGCAUAUCUUAACAUAAGGUUCCCACUCAGAGUUAUAAGUAUGCAUAUAGAUAAAGCAAACAUGGAAUUGCAUGUAAAAUUACUUAAGUUGCUGUGAACAGCAAUAUCUCCACCCAAACAAAUACAUAGGUUCUCCUGUCAAUAGAUAGCAGGUAUGCAAACACUCAUGCUCAUUAUAUGCGGAAGUUCACUUUUCUCUUACUCAUACAUACUUUUUCACAUACACCAAUUUUCCUUUUGCUGGUUUGACACACGCGUCACUUGCUCGAGGGCACAUUCGGUCUUAUUUGACGGUGUCAUCACCUGAGCAUUUAAAACCCCCAUCUCUGUCCAACGCCACUCCAAGUCGAAAGCGGUGAGUCAUCGCUCUCCUCCGGCUCUCGGCGCUACUUACUUCCCUGUUACGGGAAGCUGGCGUGGUUUCACAUGGUAGGAACGCGGUUAACAAAGCGCACGGUGUCACGCUGGUCGUUUUUGUGUCGUGUCACACUGCCACUGGCUUUUCUGGCACAGUCUAGCACGUUGCCGGCCUCGGCGUCACACACGUCACGUCACGGGGAGGAUUGCAGAUAAGCCGGCGUUUUUUCAGAUAAAACACACAGAUUAAGACCGGAAGGAUCAAGGAGAUAAAUUUUAAAACAGAAAAGAAAGGAUCUCUUGUUGAAUGUGUUUUUUUUUUCCUCUGCGAAUUGGGACAUUUAUUGUCAGCUGGGGUCGAAACCAGGGUGUCAUCCUCGACACCGACAGCAGUUAUUGUGAACGGAGCUGUAAUGGUCUCACAUUGGCGCUGAGGUGUUGGUAAACGUGUAGGAGGGACAUUUUAAAUAGGUCGGGAGGAGCUGCCCUGCGUUUUACCUCCUUUCACUUGUCUUCACGCUCUCCACCAAGCAGGACUUGCUCUCGAGCUCCAGUAUGUCCAAGCGGCGUGCGUCGGAGAGAGGGGCCGGAGAGACAUCGGGCAGGGCCAGCAAGCUGCAGUGUCCCGGGAUAUCUGGCAGCAACGCCAAGCGAGCAGGGCCAUUCAUCCUUGGGCCUCGUCUAGGCAACUCGCCGGUGCCCAGCAUAGUGCAGUGUCUGGCCAGGAAAGAUGGCACUGACGAUUUCUACCAGCUCAAAAUCUUGACGCUUGAGGAGCGAGUGGACUCUGCCGGCGAGACGCAGGAGGAAAGGCAAGGGAAGAUGCUGCUGCACACGGAGUACUCUCUCCUGUCUCUUCUGCACAACCAGGAUGGCGUGGUCCACCAUCACGGCCUUUUCCAGGACCGGGCUUACGAAAUCGUGGAGGACCCGGAUGCCAUCAAGGUGCGCAAGAUGAAGAAGCGCAUCUGCCUGGUGCUUGACUGCCUAUGCGCACACGACUUUAGCGACAAAACGGCCGAUCUCAUUAACCUGCAGCACUACGUCAUCAAGGAGAAACGCCUGGGUGAGCGCGAGGCCAUCAUUAUAUUCUACGAUGUGGUGCGUGUGGUUGAAGCCCUGCACAAGAAGAACAUUGUGCACAGAGACCUCAAGCUAGGGAACAUGGUGCUGAACAAACGGACGCAUCGAAUCACCAUCACCAACUUCUGUUUAGGAAAACACCUUGUGAGUGAGGACGACCUCCUCAAAGACCAAAGAGGAAGUCCCGCCUACAUUAGUCCCGAUGUGCUAAGCGGCCGCCCGUACCGCGGCAAACCCAGCGACAUGUGGGCUCUAGGCGUGGUACUCUUCACCAUGCUGUAUGGCCAGUUCCCCUUCUACGACAGCAUACCUCAAGAGCUCUUCCGAAAGAUUAAGGCCGCAGAGUACUCCAUCCCAGAAGAUGGCCGCGUGUCAGAAAACACUGUUUGUCUGAUCCGAAAGCUACUGGUGCUCGACCCUCAGCAGAGGCUGACCGCCGGUGAGGUGCUGGAGUCUCUCGGUGACAUCAUCGCAUCUUGGCAGUCUGUUUCGUCACUGAGCGGCCCGCUGCAGGUGGUUCCGGAUAUCGACGAUCAGGUCAACCACCCAGAGCAUCUACAAGAGGCCAAAGUGACGGAGGAGUCGUCGCAGUACGAGUUUGAGAACUACAUGCGCCAGCAGCUCCUGCUGGCCGAGGAGAAGAACACGUUCCACGAGGCCAAGAGCUUCCUGAAGCGCCACUUCAACAGCCUGCCCCCAGUGCGCCGCCUGGGCCACGACGCCCAACCCGUCAGCCCGCUGGACGCCGCCAUCCUGGCGCAGCGCUUCCUCCGCAAGUAGACCCCCAAAACCCUCGCGAAAGGUAGGCUUGGGAACGAAACGGGGCCGAACUGUUUAAGAAAAAGCCCCGGGGUCGCCUUGUAGUCACUGUGCAACUCUCCAUCGCGUGUAUUCCGGACCUCCUGAUGAAUACAGGACCACCAUCAUGUAGCAACCCCCAUACUCCCAUCAUACCUCCCGUUGUCCCCCUUUUUGGAAAACCUUCAAAUCAAUCUACCUCUCCAUCUCUUCCGUGUUGGUAAACCACGCUCACUGUUUUACGACGCCACCGGUGACAUCCUUGUUCGAGGAAAAACAACAAAUCCUCUCCACUGAGGAAAAAAAUGGAAUAAGCUUUGUUUUUGUUUUUUUAUCUUGGAGUAGCAUUUUACUAUCCCAUUGAAGACAGACAUUACAGAAACACGCUUGGGUACCGAACCGGUCGUCUCGUCCCUGUGGAGAUCUCUUUCCUAGCAUCAGGCAGCUAGCGUGCGGAAACUCCAUAAGUCGCCACGCCAAGACCCCCGAUGAGGUCCGAUUGUUGGACGCCGACUGGUUAUCCUACUUGGUGCCGCAGCCAAAAUGAAACAAAACUUCGGAAACGCCACGGAACUGGUGCCGUGGGCCUCAACGGGAAUCAAAACGACUUCCAGUCCGUCUGACCAACAACGGGCGACGAGUGUGUUUGGGAUUUUUCCAGGAUGAAUGUGAAUGACACUUUGACAUGUUUGCAUAGCCAUGAGUGUGUGCGCGAGCGUGUGUGUGUGUGUUUCAAGCCAGGGCCCGCUGAGUAAUCCACAUCGGCAGCCAUUUUUAAGCUAUUCUCCUCCUGAUGCUUUUCUACUACACGGUACUAACCUGGCUCGGUGAAAAGCGGCAAAAUGACACAGUCACGGAAAAGGGAGCACGUUUAAUCCGAGGCUGCUGCAGCUGCGGAGAGAGUCAGGUAAAAGUUUAAACUCACUGGCUGCCAUUGACAACAAUAGAUGUCGGAACUGGGAUGAGAUCGCUUCCAGUUCAAUGGACUGGACCUCUAUCGUCGUCAAUGGUAGUGAAUGAAUUUAACCUCCUAAAACUACACGCACCACAUUUUGGAUCAUGUCAGCCACAAUAUUAACAUUUAGUAUACAAAUGUAUGACUCAAAAUGUGAUUUCACACAUAUACACGCCAGGUAUUAUAGGAGGCUAAUCAUAUUUUUUUGUAUGUGUAUUUUUCGUUCAGUUCAAGUUUAUUGCCCCCUUUGAAGGGGAAAAUUUGAAUGUGCAUAUUCUCUACCAAUUGAUGCAAUUUAUUUUAUUUUUAUACUGCAUGAUCUAAACAGAUUGAAGUGGCAGUAGUCCACUUCCCAGGCUCCAGUGGCUUAUUUUCUCUGCUGCCCGUAGUCUUUACUUGGAUGCUAAUCCCGCCCACAUUUUCAAAAUGCAUAUUCUUGACCAAUUGAUGAUUAAGUCUCAAUUCAGCAACCCAUUUUCUGUGCUCCCUGUCGUCCCAACCUGGAUAAAAUGUUUCUCUUUCUUGUCUCUCUUUUUGUGUUUGACGUGAAAACCAAAGAAACGGUUAAUUAAGGAGAAAUUUUUCAGGAUGAGAUGGGCGCUCGGCAUCCAUGUGGAGACUAUGGAGUGUACAGCCACAAUUCACAUUAUUCAUAUAGUACACAGAAGCCUGGCCAACCAGAAAUCUGGCAGGUAACGCCAAGUGGGUACCGUGCAGUGGAAAAGCGUCAAAUUAUGUAAUUUAUCUGCCACACUGUGAAAAGCAGACCAACACCAAUCGUGACCCAGUUUAUUUGACUUUUCUCUUUUUCCUCUCCGCCAACCCCUUGUACACAUGCAUAUAUUAUUAUUCUACUGUGUAGUUGCUUGGUGAUCCAUACCGUAAUUUUUUUGUUGUCGUUACAAAUAUUUGUUUUUUCCUUCCUUGAGUUGUGGAGAUUUUCUGAUUUAAUCCCUGUUCAUUUUUAGGCAAAGCUAAGCACCAGCAACUGUUAAGCAACUUUGCUGCGGGGUCCAUAUGACUUUCUAUUUAUUUCCAAAGCCCGCCUUCAUUCUGUUGUAAUUUCAAGAUGGAUUUAUUUAUUGUUCUCUCAGAAAUCUUCAGCUACAAUUAUCAAAAAGUAGCUUUUCCCCCCUCCCGCAAAACUAAAAUACACCACAUACUUGCCAUAAAUUUAAUUCUUGCCAUAAUGCCACCAGUUAAGCUACUCUGAUUUAAGCAUACCUUUAAUAUUUUUCAGUAGAAAUCCCGCUGUUGAGAUUUUCUUAAUCUUUCCUUGAAAUUGAGUGUGAUUUCCAUCACAGUAUUGUAGUAGAACACAAAAAAUGUGCACAGGUUGAUGAUCCAAAGUGAUAAUGGGCCCACAUAUUGGUAAUUAGCGAUAGAAUAUAGUUGCUCAAUGUACAUGUUAUUGUGUCCCCCCCCCCCCCCCCCACACCUGCCCCUCACUCGCUCUAUAUUUAGCACGUUUGUUUUCACGCGCAGUUGUUGCUACUGUGAUUUUGCAAAGCAUGAAAGUAGUGCAAUGUGCAACUCUUAAUGCAUGACUCGACACUCGUUUUAGUAGCAAGAGUGGCGAUGCUUUUCCCCACCCACUCUGUUCCUACCACUUAUUGAAUAUAUUUUCCCCCUUAAUGUUGAUGAUACUGUAUUUUUUGUAGCAAAAUUCUAUUUUCCUUUAAAUAUUUCUCUCUAGGGUCACCCACAAUUUAGUUUAAAAUUAUGUCAUUUUUUUCCCUGGAGAUUAAAAGUAUGUUGUUAAUUUUACCACUAGAAAAAUUGGCAUUAAUAUUAACAAAAAAUACACAUUUCAUUCUUCUCCGAAACUCCCUUACAAGCAGGACUAUCCACUAAAUCAGUAGCAACAUUUUUUUUCAUUCUAUUUUCAUUUUGUUCAAUCUCCCCUCCCUGCUUUAAAGUACUGUAGUUGGGUAUAUUUUUGAACAUAUUGCUGACGUGUUUCAAGCUCUCAAUCUCUUGACGAGGCAGAUGUGUUUUGGUUGUCUUUCUCGUGGUAAGCUGCUUGGUCAUAUUUGGGGGCAUCUAGAGACUCAUUAUUGUACAGUUUGGGGGGAAAUCACCUUUGUAUUAAAAAACAUAUUUUUCUACUUCAUCAGAAACUCUACAUGCAUGUCAGCAAUAAACUUUGAUAUGGAAA